AACCUCUUUAUCUUUGCAUACUCAUUUUUGGCUCACUAAGUUACUCGAUUUCCCUUAUCCAUCACCAAUGCAUCUGCAGGUCAUUCUAUGCAUUCGAUGAAAGCUCAAUUUUUCAGGUAGUUUGUAACUUAUGAAGGUUGGGAUAUGUGGAAAGUAAACCUGGAUUUGAAUGAAUGUGAUGCUGCGUUGGUCAGUUGUUCUCAUCCUUUCCAAAUAUGCAUAUUGAAGGGGUAGGAUUGGUCAUUUGGCACUUGUUAUAUGGAUCUUAAAGCUGUAACUGGGCUGAGGUGGAUGUGGCUGUUGCUAGCUUUGAAUUGUCAUGAGGAGAUUUUGAGUAUGAUUGAGAAUUCUGGAUAAUACAAGGGCUACAGUCCAGAGCAGUGAUGCACAAUGCUAUUGAUGUUGUGAUGCUUGUUGUUACUGAGAGUGAAAAGGCCAUUUCAUUUUUCAAAAGGAUGAUAUGAAAUUUUAUUGCUCAAUAAGAUUCUUCUAAAGUACUACCAAUCAACUUUAAUGAAGGUGAGGACGGUAGCCCUUGUUCAAAACCUGGUAAAAUUGCCGACCAUUAUUUAUCGCUAUUCGCUAUGUGGCUUAUAGGUACCUUAUCGCUAUUUGUCGUUAUUCGCAGUUAACAACUAUGGGUGUCCCCGGAUGUUGGUGGAGUUGCUAGAGCACGAGCUUUUGCUAAAAACGUAUCUGAUGCGCCAUUGGCCAUUGUUAAUAAGCGGCGUCAUGGGCACAAUGUAGCUGAAGUCAUGAAUUUGAUCGUUGAUGUGAAAGGUAAAGUAGCAGUUAUGGUGGAUGACAUGAUCGAUACUGCUGGUACUAUUGCCAAAGGAGCAGACCUGUUGCAUCGUGAAGGGGGCAGGGAAGUUUAUGCAUGCAGCACGCAUGCUGUCAGUCCACCAGCAAUUGAACGGUUGUCAAGUGGUCUAUUUCAAGAGGUGAUUAUUACGAAUACCAUUCCGGUGUCUGAAAAGAACUAUUUACCACAGCUGACUGUCUUAUCGGUAGCAAACCUACUUGUCGAGAGCAUCUGGCGUGUGCAUGAUGAUUACCCUCUCUGUGGACAUUAUACCCGAAGCAUUGUUUGGAGUACUUGGUCUAUUGGAUGAUGUCAUUAUAGCCCUUAUCUUUUUCCUACAUGUUGGCACCCUGUAUCGGGCUAUUCUUGUGCGCCGUUAUGGAGGAUCUUCAACCUGACGAUUUGAAGCCUUAUAUUGAUGUUGGUUGUUCCUAUUUAACAUCUGCAAUUAUGCUUCAUCUGAUAUUGAUACAACAUAGAGAUUGUGAUCUUUGUAUAAUGAUGCGGAAGAUUGUUUCAGUUGCAAGACGUACAAGUUUUCAUUUUUAUUAGUCUUAACAGUGUUGGUUAGUCA